AUGGGCUCCAACGACUCGUCUAUGGCCUUCUUCUCUAGAGCAGGCAAGCAUUUAAUGUCGACGGGUGUACCAUUUUCUCCAAUUGUGAUCACCCGCGCGCUGGGGACUAGGCUCUACGACGCCAAUAACCGGCAUAUUCUCGACUUCACUUCUGGACAAAUGAGCUCUCUACUUGGACACUCUCAUCCGGAGAUUGUUGAGGUCGUCCAGAAAUAUGUCGCUGAGCUCGAUCAUCUUCUCAGCAAUAUGAUCACCCAUCCGGUUGUGGAUCUUGCUGAGCGUCUCGCUCGACUACUCCCUGCGCCGCUCGAAAAGUCUUUCUUUCUCAACACUGGCUCUGAGUCCAUCGAGGCUGCUAUUAAGAUAGCUAAGUAUUAUACUGGCAAUUUCGAGAUCGUUGCGUUCACUGCCAGUUACCAUGGUUUGACCCAGGGUGCUGGCUCUGCCACUUACUCCGCUGGUCGUAGAAAAGGCGGCCCUUGCGCUCCUGGUCAGCUGGCUUUUCCAGCUCCAAAUGCCUAUCGGUCGCCAUUUCGAAAGCCAGAUGGUUCUUAUGACUGGGAGACGGAAAUGGAUUUUGGCUGGACAAUGAUUGAUCGCCAGAGUGUUGGAUCCCUUGCAGCCUUCGUCAUGGAGCCUAUCCUGUCUACUGGUGGUAUACUGGACCUUCCUAAGGGUUACUUGAAACGUAUGGUAGCCGAGUGCAAGAAGCGCAAUAUGCUGGUCAUCAUGGAUGAAGCUCAAACGGGUGUUGGCCGGACCGGUCAAAUGUUCGCCUUUGAGAAUGAUGAGGUUGUACCGGAUAUUCUGGCCCUCUCUAAGACUCUAGGCUGCGGCUUGCCUCUUGCAUCUGUUAGCACGACCGUGGAGAUUGAGCGUGGCUGCAAGGAAGCUGGGUUUCUUUGGCUUACGACUCACUUGAAUGAUCCUUUGACCGCGGCUGUGGGGAACAAAGUUCUGGAAAUUAUCGAGCGUGAUAAUUUCUGUCAACGGGCAGCAGAGCGUGGUAUGCAGUUGCGUCAGGGUCUCAUCAAGCUCCAGAGAAAGCAUUGGUGCAUCGGUGAUGUUCGGGGACGUGGUCUCUUGCAGGGCAUUGAGAUUAUUUCAGACAGAGAGACUCGUGCACCUGGUGCUGAUAUUGGUCAAGCCGUCUCAGACCGAGCUAUGCAAUGUGGUCUUUCCUGUAAUAUUGUCAAUCUUCCAGGCAUGGGUGGGGUUUUCCGCCUGGCUCCUCCAGUUACUGUGACAGCGGACGAGAUUGAGGAAGGUCUGAAAGUCCUAGAUGAAGCCUUUGGAUAUGUCUUGGAGAAGAUGGGUAUCUAG